AUGGACUGUCCAUGGGGCCUGAAAUGGAGAUCUUCGGUGUGGUUUAUCACGCUAGUCGUUGGCUUUGGCGUCAUGACCGACUUGCUCGUGUAUUCCAUCGUGAUCCCGGUGUUUCCCUUCCGGCUCGAGAGCCUAGGAUACAAGCACGUAUCCGGUCUCGUUAGCUUUCUGCUCUUCGCCUUCUCUGGCGGCCUCGUAGUCUCGACCCCGCCGAUCGCGCUGCUCUCCGAACGCUAUAAGAACCGCAAAGUGCCGCUGCUCAUGGGCAUGGUCGCCCUCAUCGGUUCUCAGAUUAUGUUGAUGGAGGCUCCGCGCUACUGGGUCCUUGCGGUUGGACGUGUCAUCCAAGGCAUCAGUUCGAGCGUCGUCUGGGUCCUGGGCCUAGCACUACUAUGUGACACUACGCCAAAGAAGUACGUUGGUCGUGAGUCCCAGGCAGACCGUAAUUCCAGCACCACCAAGCUUAUCACGCGCGUGUCAUUCUCAGGCUCCUCGCCGGCCCGCCCGCAGGCGGCGCGCUCUACUCGCGCUUUGGCUUCCGCGGCCCGUUCGUGUUCGGGAUGCAUCGUCACCUUCGUCGACCUCGUCGGCCGGCUGUUGAUCAUCGAGCGUAAGGAGGCGUUGUUGUGGGGAGUUGACCCUAUGGCAGUGCCCGACGAGCCGGAAGAGGAGAACGUCGAGAAGGCGGCCGAAGAGGGAACGGGCGUCGCUGAGAAGACCGAACGCUCGCUCGCGCAGGCGGAGUCAAGGGAGAAGGCCGACGAUACCGAGGAUCGUGAUCUCCGCCGCGAGGACGACGCGGUCAAGCCUCAGUGCUCAACAGGCGCGGCUGUCAAGCCCAAGGAGUCCGUGAAUCGCUCAGAGCUCAGCGCGGCCGCCACCGACGCCGGACAACCUGUCCCCGCACAGGCCCGCUCGCAAACCGCAGCGUCCGAGCACGAGUCCGUCCACCUCUCCCCACUCGGCGUUCUCGUCAAGCUCGGCACCUCGUCCCGCGCGGUCACCGUGAUGGUCAACACGCUCAUCUACGGCAUCGCGUACAGCGCGCAGGAGCCCGUGCUCCCGCUGCAUAUGCAGGCCACCUGGGGCUUCAACUCAUCCAAGGUCGGGUUGGUCAUGAUCGCCUGCGUUGUCCCUACCCUGUUCUCGUCCCCGCUCAGCGGAUGGUACGCCGAUCGCCGCGGCACGGAAUGGAUCACGCUUUGGUGCACCGUCCUCUCCAUCCCGUUCUGGGUCAUCGAGAUCAUUCCCAUCCUCCCGCUCUUCAUCGUCGCGCUCGCGAUGCAAAGCUUCUUUACAUGCGGCGUAGUUUCACCCCUGAUGGCCGAGCUCGCGUCGAUCUCGCGCAACAUAGACGGCAUCGGAUAUGCGCACGUGUACGGCGCUUUCAAUCUAUGCUUCGGCGUCGGAUCCGCAAUAGGUCCGCUGAUCAGCGGUCAACUGUACGAUCACGUCAAGCACGGGUGGUCAGGUGUGUCAAUGCCGUCUGUCUCCUCGCGGCUGGAUGUGUAUCCAUCAGCGCGGUUCUGGCAGUUGCGUACACCGGCGAAGAUCCCAUUCGUGCCAGAGUGCGACGUCGAUUAG